AUGAGUGGAUGUCCGUACUUUGAGAAGAAGCAUCUGUUAUUUAAAAACAAGCUUCCCAAAACAGAAGAUGAGGAUGCUUCUCAGGCAGGGGUUAACAAGGCCAGUAAAGGAGGAAUCAUCUAUGGAGACUACCUGCAGCUCAACAAAGUACUGUCAGCGCAGGUGUUACAGAGUGAACUAAAGGGUAACAAGAUCCAUGACGAGCACCUUUUUAUUGUCACCCAUCAAGCCUACGAACUGUGGUUCAAACAGAUUUUAUUUGAAAUUGAUUCCGUGCGAGAAAUCUUCACCAACGAACACGUUCGAGAUGAACGCAACAUGCUCAAAGUGAACACUCGCAUCCACAGGACUGUAACGAUUUUCAAACUGUUGGUUGACCAGUUUGCAGUUUUGGAAACAAUGACAGCUUUGGACUUUUUUGACUUUAGGGAAUACCUAUCUGCAGCUUCUGGCUUCCAAAGCCUUCAGUUCCGGCUCUUGGAGAAUAAAAUUGGGGUCCCGGAAAACCUCAGGGUUCCAUACAACAGAUGCCAUUACAAGGACAAUUUCAGUGGUCACGACAGUGAGAUGCUGCUCUCCUCUGAACAGGAACCGACACUCUUAAAGCUAGUCGAGGGGUGGCUGGAGCGAACUCCUGGCUUGGAGGUGGAUGGAUUCAAUUUCUGGGAAAGGCUGGAAAUCAAUAUAUUUGAUGGGCUGAAUCAGGAGAGGGAGGAAAUUGAGAAAAUGCCAGAUUCCGAGGAGAAGGAGGAAAUGAUGGUAGAGCUGGUCAAACAGAAAGAGCUCUACAGCUCUCUGUUUGAUGAAAAGCGUCAUGACCAUCUCCUUAGCAAAGGUGAGAGGCGGCUCUCUUACAAGGCCCUGCAAGGUGCUCUGAUGAUUUACUUCUACAGGGAAGAGCCAAGGUUCCAGGUUCCUUUCCAGCUGCUCACAUCCCUCAUGGAUAUUGACACCCUCAUGACAAAAUGGAGAUACAAUCAUGUAUGCAUGGUGCAUCGUAUGAUUGGCAGCAAAGCUGGCACAGGGGGCUCAUCUGGCUACCAAUACCUGAGAUCUACUGUCAGUGACCGCUACAAAGUGUUUGUGGAUCUGUUCAAUCUGGCAACAUUCCUGGUGCCUCGCCACUGGGUGCCCAAGCUGAACCCCAGUGUUCACACUUUCCCCUACAUGGCCGAGUGCUGGGACAGCUCCUACUGCACCAGUGAAGACUCAGACUAGGGGGCGUCUCAGUUGUCUAUCUCGGCUCCCUUUCUAUCAUUGUAAGAGACCUCACAACAGUGGAUCAUUUGCACAGUGGAAAAGUUCAAGUGACAGGGGCACAGGUAAAUUGGUGACCAUCAAAACAUGCUAAGAGUUGUGCAUUU